UAAAAACAUUGUCAUCUGCGUUCAGACACGGCUGCCUUCUACACAAAAGAAAAAUUCACUUUCCACACAAAGAAAUUUCUCUGGUCAACUCACGCGCCUUCUCUAAACACACCCUUUACAAUUCUUUAUUCUUUUUGUAUUUUUAGCUUCUUUUUUGCUCGAUCUGAUAAAAACCCAAGUUAAAGAAUUUGGCUUUGAUGGCCAAUUCAUUGGAAUUAUUGUAGUUUGUUUUUGACAAUAUUGCCUUCUUGAAUUGACUACUUCUUGAUUCGGUCAGUUAGCCUUUUGUGUUAAAGCUGAGUUUUUUUUUUCCCUUUCUAUUUUAUGGUUUAUUCAGUGUGUUGUUUGAUGCCACUGUUUGGAUGUUCUUGCGUGAAAAAUCUGAGUUGGGUCACUGAGAUUUUUGCUGAGAAGUUUGUGGUUAAUAUAUUUGAGAGGCUGUCUUGAGAAGAAUUUAGUAGUGUCGGUAGUAUAGGCAGUAAGGACUUGACCUUUGUGGGAUUUUCAAGAUGGGUGAAAUCUGUUUUGGUAUUUUUGAGUUUUUUUGCUUGAAAAUCUGAGGUGGGGUCACUGAGUUUUUUGUUGAAAAGUUUGUGAUUUAGACAUUUGGGACGUGUACUUCAGGAGACUGCAAAAGGGUUGAUGGUAAAUGCAGUAAAGACUUGAUCUUUGUGGAUUUUCAAGAGGGUUUUUGAGUUUUUUGAAGGAAAAUCUGAGGUGGGUCAGUGAGAGUUUUGUUGAGAAGUUUGUGGUUUUAAUAUUUGAGAAGUGUUCUUCAGAAAAUUUCAACAGGGUUGGUGGUAAAUGCAGUAAAGACUUGACCUUUAGUGGGAUUUUCAAGAGGGAGUGAAAUCUUUUGGUUUAUUGGUUUAUACAGUGUGUUUGAUGGCACUAUAUUGAGUUCUUGCAUGAAAAUAGGAAGUUGGUCAGUGAGUUUUUAUUUGAGAAGUUUGUGAUUUGGAUAUUUGAAAGGUGUUCUUCAGAAGAUUUCCAUAGGGUUAGUGGUAAAUGCUGCAAAGACUUGGCCUUUUGUGAGAUUUGAGGAGGGAACAAAAAGGGGUUUGGGGGUAUGUUGAGUUAUUCAUGAUAAGCAUUGCUUGCUUUGUUUAUGCUGAUUCAAGAAGAAAUGGGUGUAAGGGGAGUAGCCCAAUUGUGUUUUUUUAUCAGUACUCUUUUUAUUAUAGUAGCAGCAAAUCCCGAUAGCAAGACGUCGGUGGAACAUUUGCUGGUCAAUCAAAUCAGUUCCGGGGAGAUCAACCAUGACUUGGCUGAAGUGUUAUGGGUGAACUGUAGGCUAGAGUUAUUACAUGCUAAUGGCGCUGUUGAAGAUGUUGAAGAAUCAAGUGGGAGCCACGAAAUCCUUUCUAACAGAAGACGGUUAACUAAAAAUAAAGAGAAACAUGUCAAUAUCUUGCAUCAAUUCACUAAGGAAGCCCUUGUGCGUUGUUUGGUGAAGAAAAAUCUCCUGUUUCUUAUUUCGGGAGAGGAGAAGCAUCUACCUACAUGGUAUACCAGGUGCACCGACUUUCUCUUUUCCUGGUACAAUGCACCUACACGGCGUGAAUUGCUUCAGGUCGGAGAUGCUCCUGCUUCUGCUCCUGCUUCCGCUCCUUCACCUAAUCCAGCAACUUCCAGUUCUGAAACUCCGAAUUCUACGCCACCUGCCCGUCCUCCUUCAAAGCCAUUUUUUCCUCGAGACUACAAUGAUUCAAGCAAAAGCUCUGCACCUAGUGAUCAUUCUUCUACUAGUCAAAAUGCUACUUCGGAUGUACACUCAAAUAAGCGAAAAAGCAACAGGAAAACAGUUCUUGUUGCAGUUCUUGUGACUGCUGCAGUCACAUUUGUUGUUGUUGCACUCUUUUUUGUAUGCUAUUGCAAGGUUUGUGGGGCUGGAUCCAGAAAAGGAAGGAAUGACGAGAGACCUCUUCUCAGCUUAAGCAUGAGCGAAUAUUCUGUUGCUUCAUUACACAAGUCAUCAGUUUUAGGAGCUUCAAUGGGUAAUGCUGGUAAUCAUUCAGUCAGUGACAAUUCCGACGAUAAAAUGGGUAAAAGUUUCUAUAUGGAGCCAAACGGUGUUAAUGUUUCCAAAACCGAGAUACCUUUGGGAACUGUUACGGGCAUUGCUGUGGCUGCAGCAGGGGAUUCUGCACAGAUACCGCCCGGUAGGAUGGGGACGCAUGGACUGCCUCCACUUAAGCCUCCCCCGGGUAGGGUGAAUCCUUUUGAAGACCCACUGUCUCCUGCCAAACCAGCCAAUGUUGCUGCUCCACCUCCACCUCCACCACCACAGAAACCUUCAUCUAGCGGUCCACACCCUCCUGCACCAGGGGCUCCUCCACCCCCACCUAUACCAACUCGUGCGAAGGCUGGUCCUCGGCCACCACCACCUCCUGGUCCUGGUGCUACUCCACCUCGUCCUCCUCCCACGGGGUUGAAGCCGCCUCGACCUUCACCUCUUGGAUCAAACGCAUCCUCUAGUGCUUCAGCUGAGGGAUCAGGGGCUGACGCUUCUAAAACUAAGCUAAAGCCUUUCUUCUGGGAUAAGGUUCUAGCCAACCCUGACCAUUCAAUGGUUUGGCAUCAGAUCAAAUCAGGAUCUUUCCAAUUUGAUGAAGAGAUGAUAGAGAGUCUCUUUGGAUAUGCUCCUGCUGACAAAAACAAGAACGUUUCAAAGGACUCUACGUCCCAAGAUGCUUCCAAACAAUAUGUUCAAAUUAUUGAUCAAAGGAAGGCACAGAAUUUAUCUAUUCUUCUUAAAGCCUUAAACGUGACAACUGAAGAAGUCUGUGAUGCUCUCAAAGAAGGAAAUGAGCUGCCUCCUGAACUCCUUCAAACUUUACUUAAGAUGGCUCCAACUACCGAUGAAGAAUUGAAGCUGAGGCUCUAUAAUGGGGAUCUCUCUCGGCUUGGGCCUGCAGAGCGGUUCUUGAAAGUCUUGGUUGAUAUUCCAUUUGCCUUCAAGAGGCUUGAAUCCUUGCUUUUUAUGUGCAGUCUUCAGGAGGAGACAUCAAUGGUUAAAGAAUCAUUUGCCACUUUGGAGGCUGCUUGCACGGAACUCCGGAAAAGCAGGCUGUUUCACAAGCUCCUUGAGGCUGUUCUAAAAACUGGCAAUCGUAUGAAUGAUGGAACAUUUCGUGGUGGUGCUCAAGCAUUUAAACUUGACACGCUUCUAAAACUAUCCGAUGUAAAAGGGAUAGAUGGGAAAACUACGUUGUUGCAUUUUGUUGUUCAAGAGAUAAUCCGUUCAGAAGGUGUAAGAGCUGCCCGUUCCAGGGAUCGAGGCAGCAAUCUACCCGAGGAUCAGUCUCAGGAAUCGGAGGAGUAUUAUCGAAGUACUGGUCUCCAGGUCGUUUCAGGUUUGAGCAGUGAACUUGAAAAUGUGAAAAAAGCUGCAAUUUUAGAUGCGGAUAGCUUAACAGGCACAGUGUCCAAGCUUGGUCACGAACUCAAAAAGUCACGGGAUUUCCUAAAUUCAGAAAUGAAGAACGUGGAUGAUGAGAACGGGUUUCUCCAGACCUUAAAGAGUUUUGUGCAGAACGCUGAGGUUGACAUCAUGUGGUUACUCGAGGAAGAAAAAAGAAUUAUGGCUCUAGUUAAGAGCACGGGUGACUAUUUCCACGGGAAUUCAGGGAAAGAUGAAGGUUUGCGAUUGUUUGUUAUUGUUCGAGAUUUUCUGGUAAUUUUAGAUAAGGUAUGCAUAGAGGUGAAAAAUGCUCAGAGAAAGCUAAAUGGCACGCCAAAGAAAGAGAAUUUGGCAGGUAAAACUUCAGAGUCCACCAAUUUACCGUCCCUCAAUCUCCGUCAGAAGCUUUUUCCAGCUAUUGCCGACCGGAGAAUUGAUGAUUCUAGUUCAGAUGAUGAUACUCCUUAAGGUUUCGGAGGGGACGGAGAAAGCUUGUUUAAAUACUCAUUCAUUUUAGAGAUCAAGUAUGGUAGAUAAGGAAGCUUCAGUUGUAGCAGAGAGAGAUCAGACAGAAGAUAUGCUUACAAAUUCUACCUGUUACAUGGUUCUUUCUAUAUCAAUAUUUCCUUUCUUGAAGCUCCUACUUGUAGUUAAAAUUAUUUAGGAAAAUUCUCAUGCAUUAUUUUCUUAGUUUAGCCUGUAAUUCUUUGUUUCAAUGUAUUUGAAAAAAGUAACUCUGUUGAUUAUCAGUUAUCACAUAUGGUGUCUCAAAAAGUGGUCCAUGUUAUAAUGA